AUGCCAACAAGUGCUGCUGCUGCUGCCGGGCCUGGGCCUGCCAACAACGCUGCCAAUUCCGCUGGCCCUCCGUUCGCGACAGCUGCAGCCUCAGCCUCCGUCUCGCGUCCCGGCCAAGGCGCCGACUCACCUGCUGCGCCGCCGAAAAAGAAGAAGACGCAUCGAGGCGGCAAGAAGCGCCGCAAUCGUCGCCCGUCGUUUGCUGCCGGAGCCGACCUGCCCCAGGCCGACUCGAUGGACGAACGUCCCACCCUGGCCAACGUCGCCGCCCAUGGCCAGUCGCGGGGAAACAACAGCCUGUACCGCACCCACAGCAACCUCAGCAACACCAGUCUCGAGAGCGAGGCCCUGCUCGACCAUCGCGAACAACCCACGAUCCGAACGCGUCGCCCGAGCGUGCCUGUGACGUCCAUGUACCAGCCCCGGGGGGGCCAGUCCACCGCCAACCCCCAGCGCCUGCAGACGACCAAGCAAGGAGCCUCGUACGGCCGCGCACGCCUCUCGCACACGCCCGAAGAGCUGCACCAAAGCGAUGCCGACGACGACGACGACGAUGCUCACGACAGAACCCCCCUGAUGAGCUCUUCGCAGCGCGACAUCAGGAGCGGCACAAGCUAUGGCUCCAACGCGGGCAAUUCACGCAGCAGAAGUGGCACGUCCCUGUCUGCCCCCAAGCACAUGCCCAUGCCUGAACACCGCCCCGAACUCUUCACCCAGCGCCAUCACUCGGCCACCAAUCUCGACGACUACGAUGUUAACAACCCUCCGUCGGUGCCCACCAGCCCGACCUUUGAGCCCCAUUCCGGACUGGACGAUGUCAUGCUCCCGACUGACCUGGACCGCAUGUCGGACCGCAUGUCUGACCCUGGAAGACCGACCAGCGGGCACCGCGAUGUGCUGAUCAACAUUGAUGGGGACGAGCAGGAGCCGGGCUCGCCUCCUGUUGGUGAAUUCAGGCGCCGUAUGACGACAACGGCACUCGAAGAUGUCUGCUUUCCGCACGAAGCCAUGUCUGAAAUGGGACAAGAGGACUAUAUCAACGCGCCCUCGACUGGUGAGCCUACCAGCCGUCGGAGACGCCGCCGCUGGCCCGACCUCGACGUACUCCAGGCUUGGGCAAACCAGGAGAAGGAGCAGCGGAGUAUGGAGGGCAUGCGCAUGCGCAAGGUUAGCGAGCCGCUCAUGGUCGAGGGCCGCCUGCGUCCCAAGCGGCGUGUCUGGCACCGCGAGGCGAGCGAUGCGCCCUUCCGCUUCACCUACUUCAACGAAACCUUUGACAACACGAUCCACAGCCAGAGCAUCAGCGAGUUGCUGCAGCCCGGACAAUCUUUCAGAAAUCUCUUUGUUCCCGACCCGCCCAUUCUCGACGAAAACAGUAGCGACAGCUCUGAUACGGAAAAUGACAUGCUGCACUCGGGCGCCAAUGGGCACAGUUCGCGCGCAACGACGCGAUCGGCUUCCAAGACGGACGGCAAAAACUCUUCUGGCGAGCAGACACGCUCCACGACACCACGGCCAGCAGAGACGCCCAAGCCCCAGGAGGACAAGCCGAAGCGCUAUGGCCCGCGGCCUGCAUGGUGGCUGGACGUGCUGUCGCCCACGGAGACGGAGAUGAAGGUCAUUUCCAAGACGUUUGGCAUUCACCCGCUGACUUCGGAGGACAUUCUGAUGCAGGAGCAGCGCGAGAAGGUUGAACUGUUCAAGCACUACUACUUUAUCAACUAUCGUACUUUUGAACAGGACGAGAACAGUGACGACUACCUGGAGCCCGUCAACUUGUACGUGGUGGUGUUCCGAGAAGGCGUAAUAAGCUUCCACUUCUCACUCACACCACACCCUGCCAACGUUCGGCGGCGAAUCCGGCAACUGUCCGACUACCUGGUGCUGUCGCCCGACUGGAUCUCGUAUGCGAUUAUCGACGAUGUCACAGACGCGUAUGCACCAAUGAUCCAGAAGAUUGAGGAAGAGGUGGACGACAUUGACGAGGCGAUUCUACGUCUGCACUCGAGCGACGAGGAGCAAGAGGCGGAGAAGGAGAAGAGCCACAGCUACAACAACCCGCAUUACAAGGAGCCGCCCGAGGUCAAGUCACAGCAAGACACGGGGCGAGACAUGCUGCGUCGGGUGGGCGAGUGCCGCAAGAAGGUCAUGAGUCUGUAUCGUCUGCUGGGCAACAAGGCGGAUGUCAUCAAGGGGUUUGCGAAGCGAUGCAACGAGCAAUGGGGCAUCGCGCCUCGCAACGAGAUUGGCAUGUAUCUUGGCGAUAUCCAGGAUCACAUUGUGACGAUGACGGGCAACCUGAGCCACUACGAAAAUCUCUUAUCGCGCGCGCACAGCAACUACCUUGCCCAGAUCAACAUUAGGAUGAAUGAGCGCCAAGAGAAGACGUCGGAUAUCCUAGGCAAGCUGACGGUGCUCGGGACGAUUGUGCUGCCGAUGAACGUGGUGACGGGUAUCUGGGGCAUGAACUGUCUUGUGCCCGGUCAAGACGUGCAGAACCUCAACUGGUUCUGGUCGAUUACGGGAGGGCUGAUUACGUUUGGACUGAUGUGCUACUUUAUUGCAAAGCGGGUGUAUGGCAUUGUUUGA